CAUGCAUAGUGUGGUGCAUCGUACUCCUUCCUCUUGCUGCUGCUUCUCCAGCAAUGAUUCUGUUCGCUCUGCUUUUUAUCUUCGCAAUCGGUCUGCUGCUCUUUCACAUCUACAAAGACAACAGCACCAGACCACCAAACUUCCCACCAGGUCCGCCGAAGAUACCGACGUUCGGUAGUUACUUCUUCAUCAAGAAGGAGAACUUCUACCCGCACAAGGCGUUCGUGUCGCUGGGAAAGAAGUACAAGACGGACGUCGUCGGUUUCUACAUCGGUCCCUUUCUUGCGGCCACCUGCUACAAGUACGACGUCUUGAAGGAGGUGCUGUCGCGCGAAGAGUUCAGCGGAAGACCGGACGGACCGAUCGUGCGAAACAGAGGUCUCGGCAAGAAGUUGGGCAUCUUCUUCAGCGACGAGCAAUACUGGAAGGAUCAACGAUGGUUCUCGCUUCGUCACCUGAGGGACUUCGGAUUCGGAAGACGCGACGUCAACAUCGAGCAGGUCAUCACCGACGAAGUGAAGGGGAUGAUCGAGCUGUGCACGUCGAAGCCGCAACCCAAAGACGCGGAUAUGUGCACGCAGCAGGGUAUAGUGAAACUUCCAGAUUUGUUUUACGGAGCUACGCUGAACUGCGUCCAUCACAGCCUCUCCGCGAGACAUUUCGACGAUUACGCGGAGCUGCGAAUGGUCGGACGCGCCGCCGAUAAGUUCAUGAAGAUCAUCGACAGCACGGGGUGUUGUAUAACCGUCGCCCCCUGGUUACGACAUCUCGCGCCCGAAUACUUCGGCUGGAACGCGUCCUUCCGCGAGCAAGCGGUCUUGAUCAAAUUCGCUCGAAAAAUCGUCAAGGAACACAAGGAAACCUACAUCGAAGGUUUCCAUCGAGACUUCGUGGAUGUUUACCUCUCCGAGAUGAACUACCUGAAGACCAACAGGAAAGUCAACACGUCUUUCUCAGGUGAAAUUUUCACUUUUCUGCAUCGCUCAAUGCUUUACAUCAGUGGUUCCCAAACUUUUUUGUGUCGUAGACCCCUUGCCAUGUUUUUCAGUUUUGGGGGGUCUACCCUGAUAUUGAUUUUUU